AUGGCGUCUCUGAUUUCUCCCUACCUCUCCGUCCCCACCGCCCCGGGGCGCGCGCGCCUUGCUGCUCCGGGGGCGCCGCGGCGGCGGAGGAUGGCGGUGGUGAGGGCGAAGAUUCGGGAGAUAUUCAUGCCGGCGCUGAGCUCGACGAUGACGGAGGGCAAGAUCGUCUCCUGGACGGCCGCCGAGGGGGACCGCGUGGCCAAGGGCGACCCCGUGGUGGUCGUCGAGUCCGACAAGGCCGACAUGGACGUGGAGACGUUCCACGACGGCAUAGUCGCAGUCGUCCUCGUACCGGCCGGUGGGACCGCCCCCGUAGGCGCCCCUAUCGCCCUCCUCGCCGAAUCAGAGGAGGAGGUCGCGCUGGCGCGGGCUCGCGCUCAGGCCCUCUCGCAGGGACAAAGCAAGGAACCCUCUCCUCCCCAUGCCGCCGCCGCUCCGGGGCCACCUCCUCCAGCACCUGUGGCGCCUCCAGCGACAAAGGGCAUCGCGACACCUUACGCCAAGAAGCUCGCGAAGCAGCACAGGGUGGACAUCGCCGGGGUUGUCGGCACCGGGCCACACGGCCGCGUCACGGCGGCUGACGUCGAGGCAGCUGCUGGCAUCAAGCACAAGCAAAAGGUCGCGCCCCCUCCACCUCCACCCCCUGCUGAUGUUGGCCCUGCGCCACCAAUGCCCGUGCUGCCACCAGUGCCCGGUGGCACGGUGGUGCUGUUCACGACAAUGCAGGCUGCGGUGAGCAGGAACAUGGUGGAGAGCUUGAGGGUACCAACGUUCCGGGUUGGCUACUCCAUGGUCACUGACAAGCUUGAUGCACUCUAUGAAAAGGUUAAGUCGAAGGGCGUUACAAAGACAGUGCUGCUAGUGAAGGCGGCAGCUGUGGCGCUCACCCAGCACCCUGUAGUAAAUGCUAGCUGCAGAGAUGGAAAGAGCUUCUCCUACAAUAAUAAUGUCAACAUUGGAGUGGCUGUUGCACUCGAGGGUGGCCUUCUUACUCCAGUAUUGGAGGAUGCUGAUAAGCUGGAUAUAUAUCUGCUUGCGCAAAAGUGGAGAGUGCUGCUCAAGAAGGCACGCAUGAAGCAGCUUCAACCAAAUGAAUAUAACUCUGGGACGUUUACACUAUCCAAUUUGGGUAUGUUUGGGGUGAAUAAAUUCGACGCAAUCCUUCCAGCUGGUCAGGGGGCUAUCAUGGCUGUUGGAGCAUCAAGGCCUACUGUAGUGGCUGAUAAGGAUGGUUUCUUUAGUAUCAAGAGUGAAAUGCUGGUGAAUGUUACUGCUGAUCACAGGAUUAUCUAUGGUGCUGAUUUGGCAGCAUUCCUGCAAACAUUUGCAAAGAUUGUUGAGGAUCCUGAAAUCCUCACAUUGUAA